UCCGUUUGUGAGGCGAAUUUCAUGGCGGAUUACUGACAGCGGUAAUCACGAGAACUUACGAGGACCUGCCGAUUCACGAUCAAUCUCACGAUAACGAGUCGUCUCUCUAAAGACAGACACAUAGACAUAUAAGCAGUAGAUCGUGUCAGAGGAGGAAAUCUACUUCUAGACUUCUAGAACUCUUGCGAUCGUCAGAGGAAUGGAAAGAAGUCGGUGUAAAUUGACACGUUAACUUGAAUGGUUACGAUCAGCUACGAUCAGAGGAUACGACCUUUUAGGAGACGAUCAGGAUGAAGGUGGAGGUCAGGGGUCGGAGUCUGAAGGUGGUUCAGGGUCUCAGUCUAAUGAUUUUCUGGUUUCAGAUCGAGGAGACGGACUUCGUCAGACCGGUGUGUCUACCUCAGCUCAACCAGCUCCCCUCCCCCGACUCCUACUGUUACAUCACAGGCUGGGGUCACAUGGGCAACAGGAGUGAGUGCGCACACACACACACACACACACACACACACACACACACCAAAAUGAAACUUGAAAUGUGAGUUUUAUUUUGUUUGUUUUUAUUUUGUUUAUUUUUAUUUUGUUUGUUUUUAUUUUGUUUAUUUUUAUUUUGUUUGUUUUUAUUUUGUUUAUUUUUAUUUUGUUUAUUUUAUUUUGUUUGUUUUUAUUUUGUUUAUUUUAUUUUGUUUGUUUUUAUUUUGUUUAUUUUUAUUUUGUUUGUUUUUAUUUUGUUUAUUUUUAUUUUGUUUGUUUUUAUUUUGUUUAUUUUAUUUUGUUUGUUUUUAUUUUGUUUAUUUUUAUUUUGUUUAUUUUUAUUUUGUUUAUUUUUAUUUAGUUUGUUUUUAUUUAUUUUAUUUUAUUUUGUUUGUUUUUAUUGUGUUUAUUUUUAUUUUGUUUGUUUUUAUUUAGUUUAUUUUUAUUUUGUUUGUUUUUAUUUUGUUAAUUUUUCUUUUGUUUGUUUUUCUUUUGUUUAUUUUUCUUUUGUUUGUUUUUAUUUUGUUUAUUUUUAUUUUGUUUGUUUUUAAUUUGUUUAUUUUUAUUUUGUUUGUUUUUUUGUUUUUUUUAUUUUGUUUAUUUUUAUUUUGUUUGUUUUUAUUUUGUUUAUUUUUAUUUUGUUUGUUUUUAUUUUGUUUGUUUUUAUUUUGUCUCUUUUUAUUUUGUUUGUGUUUUAAAAUUGCCAACCUGGAUGGACCUGGAUGGGGUCGUUGUAAUUCCGGCCCCAGCCUACAGGGGGACAGCCUCGCAUGGACUUAAACACUCACACACCUUCAGGUCCCCACUUGGCUAAAAUUAAAAUGUAACUCAUAAGUGUGUGUGUGUGUGUGUGUGUGUGUGUGUGUGUGUGCAGUGCCCUUUAAACUCCAGGAGGGGGAGGUCCGGAUCAUCUCUCUGUCUCAGUGUCAGUCCUACUUUGACAUGAAGACCAUAACUCCCAGAAUGCUUUGUGCUGGCUAUGAUGCUGGGACCGUGGACUCCUGCAUGGUAAACUCUUCUUCAGUUCAAACAAGAAUUAUUUUCAUCAUGUUUAUAAAAACGUUUCAGUUUAAGUCCGAGGUCAUGGUCCUCAGUCAGAGAAAGGUAGAUCACCUUCUCCAGGUCGGAGGGGCGGUCCUUCCUCAGGGGGAGGAGUUCAAGUAUCUCAGUGGUGGUGAAGAAAGAGCUGAGCCGUAAGGAGAGACUCUGGAUUUACCGGUCGACCUCAUCACAGGAGCCGAUCCAGACCGGCCGGUGGAGGCGGUUCUGAGACGGACUCAGAGUCACAGUUUGUUAGAGCUGGACUUUAACUCUCUGUCUGUCUGUGUGCGUCCUCAGGGUGACAGCGGCGGCCCACUGGUGUGCGAGGAGGACGGCGGGCGCUGGACGCUGUUCGGCCUGACGUCGUGGGGCAGCGUGUGCUUCAGCAAGGUCCUCGGACCCGGAGUGUACAGCAACGUAACGCACUUCACCCCCUGGAUCCAGCAACAGAUCUACGUCCACACCUACCUGCAGGACUGACACGCACACACACACACACACACACACACACACACACACACACACACACACACACACACACACACUUCGUUGUCCAGCAUUCCAGGAGGAAGUGAUGUCACGACGUCUCUCAAACUCACACCUUCAGUUCCUCUUCAUGUGCCUCUCUCUGUACUGAUAGCCUUCAGAUGCUAAUUGCUGUUAGCAGUGUUAGCUCGUAUCACUGAUGCUAACUCGUUAGCUGGUAGACCUGCUGCUGCUGCGGAAAAUUAACGCACUCUGAGUUCGUCGAGUUCGGACUCAAAAAGACCGAAAGAGUCGCCGACGAACUUUUAAAUGUUUAAAUAUUUUAGCGUGAAUUUUAACAUCGUCACUUAAAGUCGAUUGUUUUAACCUGUUAGCGUGUUCGUAACGAUCCGACGUUCAACACUGGAUCUCUACUAGCUGCUAACUAUCAAUAACUCGACUUCCCACAAUGCUUCACUCUACUGUGCCUGUACUUAAACCAUAAAAGUGUCACCUGUUGUUACCUGUGUGUGUGUGUGUGUGUGUGUGUGCGUGUGUGCGUGUGCAUGUUUCCGAACACAUUGACGAUCUUUCUGGGUGUCUUUGACGGGCAGCGUCGCCCUGAAGAAUCGGCGCUCAGACUGAAGGUCAGAUGAUAUUAUGAGUCUGGCGAGUCCUGAUUGGUCGUCUUUGUUUUGAUGAUUUAAAGGGGCGGGUCAGAGGAGCAGCCUUAGCGCUGUGGUGUAACUGCCGUAACCUAGCAACAGUAAUCUCACUGACCCCCAAAUUCCAACAGCCUGAGUUAAAGUUCGUUAAAGUUAGAGAUUUUCCUUUUUGACCUUUAAAGAAAAAGCUGCUUCAGUUAGCUACCUAGCUACUGCCCGGGAUAGUUAGCAAGCUAGCUAACACCAAUAAAUAACUGCCAAGUUAGUGCGAGCUAAAGGUUAAGCACAAACGUAGCGUAGGCGUAGAUCACUAAUGUCCUCAUAUGUUGGUAGUAAGCUACAUUAGCUAACGCUUCGGAUUACAUUUUUAUAGCUAACACUCUAUGCUAGCUGCUUAGCGGACUCAGCCACCAUGAGAGCGACAGCAAAUUACCGUAACUGACAGAGUAAACAUGAAAUAAGGCCGUCAACCAAUCAAUCAAUCACCCAACUAAUCAAUCUAUCAAUCCCUUAUUUUGUAAUCGAUAUCAAAUGUUAUUUUAAGACACUAACUGCAAAUGUGAGCGGGAUUUUUGACUCUGAGUCUGUCUUCAGUUUGACUCAUUAGACUGUGUCCCAACGAGUGACCUGGACCCUAAUCCUAGAUUAAAAAUACAAAUUCACCGUAAAACUCAGAAUAAAAGUGCAAAUUUACCGUAAAACUUGGAAUAAAAGUGCAAAUUUAACGUAAUUCUCAGAAUAAAAGUGCAAAUUUACCGUAAAACUUGGAAUAAAAGUGCAAAUUUACCAUAAAACUCAGAAUAAAAGUGCAAAUUUACCAUAAAACUCAGAAUAAAAGUGCAAAUUUACCGUAAAUCCCAGAAUAAAAGUGCAAAUUUACCGUAAAACUUGGAAUAAAAGUGCAAAUUUAACGUAAUUCUCAGAAUAAAAGUGCAAAUUUACCGUAAAACUCAGAAUAAAAGUGCAAAUUUACCGUAAAACUCAGAAUAAAAGUGCAAAUUUACCGUAAAACUCAGAAUAAAAGUGCAUAUUUACCGUAAAACUCAGAAUAAAAGUACAAAUUUACCGUAAAACUCAGAAUAUAAGUGCAGACUCAAUGACAGACCAUGUCAGAGAAACAUUUAUCUAACCUUGAUUUAGAGUUUACACUUUGUCUCAUGUCACAUCUAUUUACUAUUAACAUGCUGUACUGCAGACCUCCAGCAGGUGGAGCCUUGAGUGUUUUGGCUUCACUCUGAUGAAGCUGUUGUGCUGGCCAUCUUUUCUUUGAUAAAUAAAUUGAUGAAAUUUGAGGCGUAAGAGCUCCACCGUCGCUCAGACACUAAAACUGAAACAUCAAGAAGAGUUGCUCCACCAGUUGCUCCACCAGUUGCUCCACCAGUUGCCCGUUGCCCCCCCACGCUGUCGUCUCACUGACAUCCAGAACAUUCCAAGUGGUUGUUGUUGUUGUUGUUUUGUGUGUUUGAUUUUUUACGAGUAUUUUUCUACAGCUUUUUGUAUGUCAUGACGCAGGGCUGUGUGUGUGUGUGUGUGUGUGUGUGUGUGUGUGAGUACACAGACUGUUUGUUGGUGUCUGAUUUGGCUUGUUUGCGUGUUUCUGAAGUCACUUCCUGAUUUGGCGGUUAUAACUUUGUUACCAUGGCGAUGAUGAUGAUGAUGAGGAGGAGGAGGAGGAGUGUUGUUGUUUUUCUAUCUUCUCCUGAUUAUUGAAAGUCUCUCUGGACUGUAGACUGUAGCCUCUGAUGUUGGUGUAAACUGUGAGUGUCUUUGGUUUGUAUCACCGUGUUUAACCCACAAUAAAACCACACAAACACACACACACACACACCGCACCUGUCUGCCUAUCUUUGUGGGGACUAACGGCUGGAGAGACGACCUCUCUUUUGGGGACAUUUUUGUGACUCUCAUAAGAGUGUUCAGAUGAAGUGGUUAAAGAACUGUUUCACUUUCUGCCCUCAAAAAAAGUAUAAAAGACAUGAAUGAGUGAGUGAGUGAGUGAGUGAGUGAGUGACUCAGAGUCUGUAUGCAGACCUGUCACCGUACAGUCAGACUGUUUCCACUUCCUCUGGCGAGCGGGAAUAAACGUCAAUGAUUCAGAUUCUGGGAGUUUUUUUCAGUCCUGACCUGAACAACAACAACGACGACGGCGGCGGCGGCGACAGCUCAGUCAAAGUCAGGGGAACAUUUCUGUGUCUGACCUCAGACAGGUUUGUGUGUGUGUGUGUGUGUGUGUGUGUGUUUUCUAUCGCCUUAUUCCGAUCAAGACCAGACAACUGAAGG